GAGAGGCACGUCAGGGCCAAGCGCGCGCGCUUCUCGUGUCGAGAAUUCUGUCUGUCUGUCCUGUCUGUCCGCCAGCGUGUGCGUGAGCGUGUGGGUGCAUGUGUGUGCGUGAGCCAAUGGCAGCGUCGGUGUUAGCCAAUUCCAGUGCUGUGGCAAAAAAUACCGUUCCGUAAUCGUGCAAAAAAACGUGCAAAAGUUUGGCCCCCAAAAUCAAAUUCAAGAGCAAACGCAAACGAAAUCAAGUGAAAGUGCGAAUAACAAAGAAAUAUUCAAAAUAAAGAAGAAAGCGUCCUGUAAAUAAACACGAGCAGCGAAAAGUCCGAAGAAAAAACCCAUAAGCAACGUUGUGCUAGCAACAAAAUCAACAAAGUGCGCCAGCGGAUCGGGAAAUCGCGACCGGGUUGUGCGGGUUGUGGGCUGCAGGCUCUUCAGCUGCCAGUUCAGCUGUCAAAAUGUUUUAGCUGCGAUUGAAAAGUGCAUAAACCAGCGAAAAGGAGUAAACAAUAAGCCAGGAUAAAUGAAAACGCCAAAGCGCGCUUUUCUCUGACUGUCACUCGCUGUCUCUUCCCUUCUCUGUCUCCCUCUCUCUCUCUCUCUCCCUGUCGCUGUCUCUGUCGCUCCCCUUCGCGGACUUUCGCCGGAACAGCUGUUCUCCAUCUCUAUCUCUAUUCACUCGCUCUCGCACUCUCGCGCUCUCCCUCUCUCGCUGUGGUGUAAGCUUCUCUAGCUUUUCUCCUGCGCCGAAGCGUGUGUACAUAACCUAAAAACAAAACCGCGCUCUGCAUGUUGCGGUAGGCGGACGGAGGCGUCGCAGUUGCACACACAAGUGCAACAACGGCAACAGAGCGGGGCGCAGCAGAGCGACGGAGCGGCGACGGAGCAGGAGCAGCGUUGAUGCCGUUGCAGCUGCUGCUGCGCAGCCAGCGACGACAGCAGCAACAUCAGUGAUACAAGGAGCAGCGGCAGCAGCAGCAGCAGCAGCCGCAGCAACGCCAGCAGCAGCAGCAGCAGCAACAAUCAGCAACAUCAGCGCCCUGUGUGCACCGACAAUAAUAUGAGGAGUGGCAGUUCGGAAUUACUACUCGAGCAGCAACAACAAGAGCUACGGUUACGUAAAAUCCGAGAACUGGCUCCGAAAAAGAAAAAUGGCAAUCGGCGCUUUCGUUCGUGGCGGGAACGUGCGCGUUUCUAUGGAACCUCGACACUGGCCUUCUUCUCGGUGACCGCCGGGGCAUCGCUGCUCUUCCUCGUACCGCUCUAUGUGGAUCCGGCGAUAUCGACGCUUAGCCACGAUUUUAUCGAGAAGCCAACGCUGUGCACGACGACGCGUCGCGAGGAUCUAGUGGGUAUAUUCAACUGUUCGUGGAGUUCGUGUCGCGAGGGCUGCACCUCCGAUUUGUACCGCUGCGUGCAUAUCUAUGUGACGUUCAUUGAGCAGAACAUUACGAUACCGGAGAAUAUGACCGAUUAUAGCAACUUUACGUCCGAUAUGGAGCAGUCCGGCGAGGCGACACUGCUUGUCAAUAUCAAGGGAUGCGGCUAUCCGCCAUCGGUGACGUGUAAGAACUUUAACGGUUACUACGGCAUCGAGGGUGCCAUCUUUCCGUGCUUCUAUUCGCGAAAGAACAAGACGGUGGUGCUGACAUCGUACAACCACGACGACCAGGUGGCCAUGAUCAUUCACUUCUUCGCGGUGCCCUUUGUGAUAACGGUCAUCUCGUCCAUUGCCCUGUGCAUCAUGCACUGCGACUGCCGCUGCAAGAAGGAUCGCAGCCACCGACGCAAUCGGCCGCAGUGCCGAAGGCCGCGCAUCGAGAAUCUCAGUGAUACUUCGAUAUCAACGCGAGUGGAUAUGCUCACGCCUGCUAUUGAAGUCUACAAGCCGCCCCUCUGACACAAGGACGACACUGUGGAGAGCAAUUUAGGGAAUCCCUCGACGAGUAGCGACUUCUAGCAGAACCUCAUAGCGAGUCCUGCGGAACUAGCCAAGGAUAAUCUAUUUGUUCUUCCAACAUAGUGUCGGCCCAAGACGAACUUCGAAUGGAGAUGAAAAAACGGUGGAUCGGUCGAUGGGUGAUGGCCAAAAAGAAGUGAAGAUACGACGAGCGAAACUAUCAGUGGUUUUAGUGCACCUAGCCGAGCAGAAAUGAAUCAGAUUAAUGAGAAACAAAAGGACAUAGACAGACACACAUAAAUUAAUAAUUGAUCCAACUGAAUAAUUCCUAAGAUUGAUUAAAUUUAGUUACUUUUUAGCGUAAAUGAUUUUUAAACCAGCCGACCGCGGAGGAGAAACCAACAGAAGUGUUAAUCGGUUAAUGAAAUAGAUCGAAGUCUAGUUUUAAGCUGUGGCAGUGGCAAAUGUAUUUGUAUCUCUAGCCGCGUAUGCAACAUAUAUGUAUGUACAUAUAUGUAUGUAUGUGUCUGUACGAAUAAACCAUAUGCGAAAUUAGGCAAUGUGUAAAUUUAGUUAAAAAAUGUGAAGAAUCAUUACGGAUGUAAAACAAUGGCUAAAUGAGACAACAAAAACACAACUAAACAGAAACAGAAAAUGCAAUGAAUAAAUUUUGUACUGCUGAAAAAGAGAAACGAGAAAGUGGAAAACAUGAGAACCUUAACGUUAAGUGUACAAUUUUGCAUUAGGUAAUGAAUAAGUUUGUAAUGCAUUAGUAAUUAAAUACAAUAAAAUGUUCAGCUAAUCACAUGGAAAGCAAAAGCAACCCAAACUACAAAUGCAACCAACAAAAAAAAAAAAAAAACAAAAAAACCAAGUUACGAAUAUGCAAUUGGAAAUAUGUAUUCAAAUGGAAAUUCGGCCAGCGGCAAAAAAACAUUUUACGCUUCGGUUAAUCGCUCCACACAAAUGUAGACACGCCACGCCUCAUUUUCUAUAGAAUCCGACCGCCCACAUUAUAUAACACCCCCACCCAACCGACCAUCAAUCGCUUUUGGUUUGCGCAGUAGAAAUCGGGUUAUGAAAGCUCGUCUUAGACGACAUUCGUAUACCCUUCACGAAGUGCCCCAAUUUGAGAGAAUUUGGUCAAAUUUCAAUCAGGAAAUUUCUCUUAUUUGCAUUACUCAAUGUUGUCUUAUUUGUUUUUUUCUUUUUUAGUCGAGUAUAUAAACCGAAUCUUUGUUGUGUAGUAAAUGUUAAAAUGUUUAAAGGAUAAUUCAAUAAUGAACGUUUUUUGACUGUGAUCAUUUGAAUGAUAUAUAGAGGAAUAUGAUAUUAUUGAGUAUUGUUGUUGACAACAAAAAAUUACGAAAAGCAAUUAACUUCUCGAUCAUGAUUCAAUCAUCCACCAUCCAUCAUCAUCAAUCAUCAAUCAAGGAGCACGCCAGCGCACAUUUCGCCUAGAAGUAGUGUAGUUAGAUCACAAUCCCACUUGGCAUUAUGGCAUUAUAGCAUUAUGAUUCUCUUUAAUUUCGAGGCUGAUCACACACACACAGACACUCACACACACAAACACCCCAUCGUGCUUGACAAUAUUUAAGUUCUAAAGGGAGUUUUUCAAUCAUUCCAUCUUAAGGACAUUGACAUGCUGCGCCCAAUUUGUAACUAAACCCGCUUAUUCUGUUCCACAUUGAGAUACAGAGGCUUUGAAAAAGGACGAAACGAGAUUGGAGACAUUAGGGGAUAUUGAAUGUUAACAUUUAUUUGUAUAAGCUGCAGAACAUUGUUGGAUUUAGAGGAACCUGCAUAGUUUUUUGAUAUUCAUGUAGAUACAUGUAAAUGCCACUCACUAAACUUAAGAGAAUGAGGAUUUAAAGCUACCAAUGGCAUCAAGGAUAAUUGCAUUAUAUUUGUAAUAUCAAACUGUUCAUAGUUAAGACAAGCCUAGCCACAGGAUAACAAUUAAAGCCAGAAAGAAAACACACAAAUAACAACAAAUGUAUAUAAGCUGACUAGAUAAUUGGUAAUGGAAACUUUUGAAACCAAAAAAUAAAAUACAAAAAAAAAAAAGAACAAACCAAACGAACUCAAUGAAGCUACAACAAAGUGCAUAUAAUUUUGAUAGUUAAGCUAAUUUUAAUACAUUUUUUAAGAUACAGCAAGAGGGCAAAGGUACUACGAUACGAUAAGUAAACCAACAAAUAGGAAAAUUCAAACCAACUGAGGAGAAGCCGUGAAAAUUAUUCCAUUUUUACACACCCUCAAAUGGGGGGCUCGUUAAUUGGUUUUGUUGUUACCGCAAAUAAUGCAAUAAACAUUCGCGUAUUUCUUACUAUUAUUGUUAUUAUUAUCAUUGUUGUUAUUAUAAUGGAAUUUGAAUUCGAAUUGUGUGCACAAUGAUUUUUUAUACACCGCAAAUUGGCUUAGUCAGUGCAAGAAAAUUCGUUUUUUUUUCAUAAAUUCGAUCAACUUAAGAGCCUGUCUGGCAUUUUGAAGCGGACACACACCACACACGCAUUAAACAAUUGACAUUAAUUUAUACCACAUAUAACGACGAGAGGAAUAAUGGAAAAUAAUAGAACUAGAACGCAUAUUGAAUUAUAAAUGAGACAUACAUAUUAUUGAAAGAAAUUAAAAACGAACAUAAC